AUGGCUCUCAGUGGACUUACACUGCUUCAGGAACUCACCCUGCGGUGGCUAUUCGGCAGGCAGGAAGUGGUUUGGACCUGUCCCCACACUCCCCGUCUGCUCCGCGCCCUGACGGAUGGAGGCGCCCGGCUGAGGGGCCUGGACCUGAAUGCCUUCCUGCUGGACCGGGCGGCGGCUGCCUCCCUGGCCCGGAUCACCUCGCUGCGCUCCCUGUCGCUGUACUUCGACUCUGAGGGAGCUGGCUGGGAGGAGGUAGUCUCCCUCAUGUCCCUCCCGGAGCUCACCCGCCUCAUCCUCAGCUAUGAGGGCAACGCGGUAACGGGCCCUUGGAUCGGUGACGGUCCGCCUGCUGGGGAUGAUGACCAGCCCCCGCCAGGGGGCCCCGCGGCAGGUCACCACCAGCAACAUAAGCACCCUCCGCUGCCGGGCGGCGCGGAUGCCCACCCUGCGGGCCUGCACGUUGCCCCCGCUCACGCACUCCCAAACUUGCAUCAGCAUGACCACCACCGCAAUGCGCCGGUCCACGGCCACCCGCAGCCCAGCCACCGCCACGCCGAGACGGGCACCGGGCAGGGCAUCAACGGCGGUAGCCUGGCUUGCGGCAGUAUGGCGGGUCGUCCCCGGCUGCCCAGCUGGGCCGCGCGGCAGUUCAGUUUGCAGUACCUGAGCCUGACCACCUCCCCGGCCCUGCAUCGGCUGCUGGGGCGGCUGGAUGUGCUGGUGCCCAACCUGACCUACCUAUCGCUGUCCUCGGUGGGCGAGUUCGGGCCGGGUCAGCGGGAGCUGGAGGCGGGCCUCAUGGCCAUGGCGCAAGCAGGGUCACGGCUGUCCCGGAUCAAGCUGUUCUGCAUGGAGCUACGUCCGGAGCUGAUGAGCUGUUUGACAGCACUGCCUGCGCUGCAGGAGCUGAUGCUGUUCAAUGUGUGGGUGGCGGUGGACGGCACGGCAGGGGGCCAGGCGGCGGCAGCGGCAGAGGAUGCAGUCGGACUAGCGGCGGUAGCUGCAAUGGCCGUUGUCGCCGCUGCGGCGGCGGGUCAGGCCUUUGUGAAUGGCGCGAUUGGGGGGGAUGUGAUGGAGGCUGAGGGGCCGGGGGCUCAGCUGUUGCCGCCGGAGCAGCAACAGGGGCAGGGGCAUCAACAUCAAGGUCCGGAUCAGGAGCCGCUACACGCAGCUGAGCAUGCGGAGCCGGCUGCGGCAGGGGCUGCGGCAGGGGCUGGGCCAGGGGACGACGGUGCGCAGGUCCCAGAGCAUCCGCCUCCACCCGCCGAUGUGGCUGUUGGCGAGGAAGUGGCCGCACCCAUUGUGCCUGAUGGACCCCAGCACUCGGAGGUAACUGGAAACGCGCGGAUGCAGAAAGGGGAUGUGGUGACCCAAGUGCAAGCGCAACCGGGGCCCUUAUCUGCGGGGCCCUCUAGCCAGGGUGCGGCCGCGAUUGACGACGGCGCGGCGGCGGUGGGGACACAAGGUCAGGAGCAGGGUCAGGGCGAAGGAGGCGGUGUAGGGGGCGGCAGCUCCACCGGUGGUGAAGGAGCCGCGGAGGUAGAGGGUUCGACAGACCAACAACCGCCGCCGCAAGCUCAGGCCGCAGCAGCGGCAGCGUUGCAGCAGUGGCCGGAGCUGCAGUUAAUCGAGCAGCAGCAGCACGUGCUGGAGCAGCAGCAACAGGUGCUGCAACAGCAGAUGGAGAAUUUGCUUCAGCUCCUGAACCAGGGGCCUCAGAUGGGGGCCGGUAUCGGAGCAGGAGGGAACCAGCACCAGCAGGAAGGAGGAGGGGGAGGAGCGGGGGAGCAGCAGCAACCAGCGGCGCAGGACGGUGGCGGCGGGGCAGGCGCCCAGGUUGGGCAAGAGGUGCCCGAGGGAGAGCCGCCUCUCGCUGGCCAGGGGGCUGGGCCGGGGGUUGCUGGACCGGGGCCUGUGGGCGAUGGGGGUCCUGCGGUCGCUGGUGAAGAUGAGGAUGGGGCGGCGGGGGCGGCGGCUGGGGACGGGCCCCUGCCGGAGGGCGUGCUGCUCCGGAAUGCUCUGCGAGCCACCGCCAUGGCGCAGUCUCACCUUGAAGCGCUCGCUUCAUUGGGGGGCCGCCUGCAGCAACUGCUGAUCGAGUUCGGUCCGGAGGGGAGCACGUGCUUCAUUACGCAAGGGCUCGUCCGUACGCUGGAGCCCCUUGCCCCCGCGCUCCGGUCUCUGCAUCUGCUUUCUUGGAACAUGGAGGGCCUUAUGUUGCCCGCUCUGGAGCCCCUGUGCUUCACCGCCUUCACCUGCCUCAAGUCGCUGACUGUGGCCAACCGGAUCAGCCCAGACUCGCAGGUCAACUUCGCCACGCCCCUCCCAGAGACCAGUGGCCACGUCAUUUACAUGGGGGAGCUGCCCAGGACGCUCAGGAGCUUGUGUGCCAACCGGGUCAACUUGUACGCGGGAACGCCGUUCGAGUUCCCGACAGCCGGCCCGGAGCCAUCAAAGGCUUCCGUGCCUUCGGCUUCAGCGGCCACAACAGCGACGACGGCAACGGGGGCCGGCUCCCGGGGGACGGGUGUUCCUUCUCAUGUAGCAUCGGGAUCCAGCCACAUGCGCUCCGUUGCCACCCAGACGGAGGGCGUGGACAUACCGCCAGGAGCCCCGCUCACCUACCCCGCGGGGUCAGCAAUAGCCGAUACCCAAGUUGAUGUCGCCCAGCAGACGGGCACCGAGCGGAGCUCAGACUCACCUGGAGCUCUCCUUCCCGAGAUAAGCGACGAUGAAGCCGGGCCUAGCAACGGCGGCAAGAGUCGACGGCGAGAGGACCUUGGGGCUGCCGGGGCUGGAGUCAGCAGCGGCAGUAGCGGUAGCCCGAUCGCGCCGCCGCUGCUGCACAUGUGGCUGGCGGACUGUAACGUCCGUGGGGCCCGACCGGAGGAGUUGGCGGCGGCUAUGCCAGGGUUGCAGACGCUGGUGGUUCGCCACGUCAGCAAGCAGGAGGAUCUGCCGGUGCGCCUCAUUAACGUGCUGCACCAACUGAAGGACCUGACGACACUGGGCCUUGGCGGCUUCGACCACCGGUUCAUUCGGAACAUGUGGGGUCUCACUCAGCUGAGGCACCUCAUGCUGGACCCCCGCCGCUUUGAAGAUGUGGAGCUGGAGCCGGAGUUGAUGUUGGACGCGAUGGCAGCUGAGAGCGAUCGCUCCCUGGCCUUACACGAGGCCACUAUGGCGCUGGUGGCGAAGGGGGGCAUGACCCGGUUGCGCAGUUUGUGGUUACCGGACUGGGCGGCGCCCCCCCACCAGAUGGUGCAGUGGCAGAUGCAGAUAGCGCAGGUGGCCCCGCUGGCCGCCCUCCGUCUUGUAGACCACCACUACUUUUGGCGGCUGCCGGCACCCGUCGGCUGUCCGGAGGUGCAGGACAGGCUGCAGUGGUGGGGCUUUGACGCAUGGAACGUGCUGUGA